AUGUCGAUGCUGGGCAGUGUGACCCAGCUCACUGGUACAAAUGUAGAAGCGCAAAGGUGGCUGAGACGAGCCCUUGACAUUCUCGAAUCAGAACCGCAGGAGUCCUUGGAACUUGCAAGGAAAGCUACAAAAGCUUUUGACGCAGCAGCAGAACUAGACAAUGCCGCUGAUGCUUCUCGUUUAGUGGUAAGUGCCACCUUCAGCUCCGGGGAUGUCGAGGCAGCCGUCAGCUUGGCGAGCGAACAACUUGAGGCUGCACAAAGAGGCAGCGAUUUGAUGCAGGCCUAUGCACACCUUAUGUGGGCUGAGCUGAUGUUGGCCCUGGGCAAGACGAGCGAGCUUAAGGAGCAUGCGGCGCAAGCUGAACAAGUAUUUCACCGGCUGGAAAAGAUGUCGUAUGUUGCAAAAUGCAAGGCAGCUGUAGCACAAGCCUGCAUUCAGGAAUGUGACGGCAUUGAAAGUGAAAGACUCGCCCAAGAGGUUCUGACUAUUUGGCAGAAUCUUGGUGACAAAGCUGGCACCGCGGUUGCAUGGCACCUCCUCUCUGCUGCAAGAUCAGUUAGUGGAGAAGGCAAUCUGAUGGAGCCGUUAACGAAGGCUUUAGACCUGUACAAAGAGCUGAGAUGGAGCAGAUACGAGGCCACCGUGCUGUACAACCUGUCCGAAAGACAGCGCUUCCAGCCCCACGGAGGUGCUGUGGCACAAAGGACAGCGGAAGAGGCUGUCAGCAUAUGGAAAGAGAUCGGCAACUACAAGGGUGAGGCUACAGCAAUGACUGCAGUGGCCAAAGCCAUGAUUGUUCGCGGACUUGUCUCCGAUGCGCUACAGCUAGUGCAGAAUCGCAUGCAGGAGCUCCGAAGCGAAGAAAACAAGCAAGCUCUUUCGCAGCUGGGCCCUGGGUGUGUUUCUGUACUCCAGGAAUGCGGGGCGAAAGAUGAAGCUCUGGCAACGGCAGAGGAAGUCUUGGGGAUUACCCAGCAGCUUGGAAACAGGCAUGAGGAAGCCUGGAUCUUGCUGAAAUUGGCCGAGGUGCGGAAUGAGAUGCAGCUCUAUCAGGAAGCUCUAAGCUGUGCUCAGGAGGCACAAACGAUCUUCCAGGAAUUGGGCGAUCUAAGUGGUGAAGCAGAUGCUAUGAAGAGUCUCUCAUACAUUUACACUGCCAAGAGGGAGGCGCACAAGUCGCCGCAUCGUCAAAAGGCUUUGGAUUUGCUGAGUCAGUUCGCAACAUCAGUGGGCAAGAAGGAUGUAGAAGGCUUCCAAAAAGCACUUACUCAGAUGCGUUUGUACCAGGGCGUUGAUGGGCAAGAUGUGGCCGCAAGCCUUGGGAGCCUCAUGGAGGAUCCUGAGACGUAUAAAUGGUAUGUCGAAGCUUCUGCCGACUACUUCCAGGUCUCCUUUGAAGAGGCCGAAUCCAUGGUUGGUCGUGCGCCCUUGAAUCCGAUGCAGCGGGCCACGGCUUUUGACUCCCGUGGCUUUGCUGGCGGAGGCGUCUACCUAAUGUUUCGCUUUGGUGCUAUGGGGUAUGGUCCGAGCUUUCGCCCCAUCCAACAGGGGUACAGACAAGGUCACAAAUCUGAAGCAGAACAAGGCGAUCCACCUACCGCCUUGGCGGUUCUGAGAGAUGAAACAGUUGAAGAAUGGGAACGUGUUGCUCUUUUGCAGGCCCAUGCUGGAGUGCUUGAUGGUGCAUUGCAAACCACUGCCUUGUAUCACGAGAGCUUCACGGGACCCAUCUCCUCAAGACUUCGGCAGCAGGAAAUCCAGGCCUCCUAG